UACAUACUCCAACGCCAAUAUCCAUCGACAGUCAGUCGUUUCUUGGUGGAAAGAGUGAUCGGUUGCCCAAGGAAUUCUUGCUGGUCUAGAUUUUUGUUUCCGACAAAAUGAGGUUCCUACACCUCACUUUAGUUGUGGUACUGGUACUACUAGUCACCGAUGCCUAUGCUUUCGAGAAGAGAAAAAAUAAGAAAUUCAGGAGGAAGCAUAUAGCGCCGCCGAAAGCUUCAGAAGAGAUUCUGGAAGAAAUGCUGGAGGCUGAAAAGGUUGCAGCUGAAGAAGCUGACGACGCUAAAAAUACUGAUUCUGAAAAGGAUGAUGCUGAAAAUGCUGUGGAUGGAGAUGCAGGUUCUGUUGGGGCUCCCCCUCAAGUCGCUGCUCAGGAUUUCAUUGACAACAGAGUUCGUGUAUUGGAUCCCUGCAUGGAAGUACAUUGUGGAGCAGGAAGAGUUUGCCAAGUGGAUUCCGAAGGAGAACCUCAAUGUAUCUGCAUUCCGAGUUGUCCAGUAGAAACAGAAUCGCGCCGCAAAGUUUGCUCCAACUACAACGAAACAUGGACGUCCGACUGCGCCAUCUACCAGCAGCGAUGCUUGUGCGACAAAGGAGACCCACAAUGUAAAGGCGCGCAAUACAAGCAUGUCCAUAUUGAGUAUUACGGAGAAUGUCGGGAAAUGCCGGAAUGUACCAAAGAGGAAAUGGCUGAUUUCCCCCGCAGAAUGCGUGACUGGCUGUUCAACAUCAUGAGAGAUUUGGCUGAUCGUCAGGAGCUGACUCCUCAUUAUCUGAACAUGGAACGUGAAGCAGAAUCUAACAUGACUCGCCGUUGGACUAACGCUGCUAUCUGGAAGUUCUGUGAAUUGGAUGGAAACCCACCAGACAGAUCUGUAUCUCGUCACGAACUGUUUCCCAUACGAGCUCCACUCAUGGCUUUGGAGCACUGCAUCGCCCCCUUUUUGAAUACCUGUGAUAUUGAUAACAGUCACAGAAUCACCAUUAAAGAAUGGGCCAAAUGUCUGGAACUGGACGAAGAUGAUAUCGAAGACAAAUGUGAAGAUAUCAUUGAUGAAGAAUAAAAUGUAUUCUUUGCAGAAUAAAAUGGUGCUAUUAGGUUAUGAUUGGUGAAAAUAUAUCUUAAUUCAGGUUGGUUUGAAGUCUUUACCCAUCACUGCCUUCGUGAAACUGUAAAAUACUUAAAUAAGGUAACAAAUAAUUUUCCAAAGAUUCACAUGCUUUAUCAACGCAAACUUUAUUGUACAGUUUUGAAUUAUAAUAGAUUUGUAUAUGUACUAUCAGAUAUAGAUAUUAAAAUAACUCAAAAAUAUUUAA